AUCCUGCUGGCGGUUGAAGCGCUCGCUGAGCGGGAGGAAGGCGGCUGGCGCCAUCUUGGCUGUUUUAAUGUGUACAACAAGGAAGAGUUUGCUGGGAGAAAUAACCUAAUAACUUCAUUCUUGCUGUGCGCGGGCUGCAUUCGGUAAGCCAAUAUCGCUGUGAGUCUGUGAGCCAGCGCAACCGGGGCAAUGUUCUACGCCCACUUUGUCCUGAGCAAGCGUGGGCCGCUCGCCAAAAUCUGGCUGGCGGCCCACUGGGACAAAAAGCUCACCAAGGCUCAUGUUUUCGAAUGCAACUUGGAGAGCAGCGUUGAGAGCAUCAUCUCACCUAAGGUAAAGAUGGCGCUGCGCACAUCCGGCCAUCUUCUGUUGGGGGUGGUGAGGAUCUACCACAGGAAGGCUAAGUACCUGCUGGCAGACUGUAAUGAAGCCUUCAUCAAGAUCAAAAUGGCUUUCAGGCCAGGUGUGGUGGAUCUCCCCGAAGAAAACAGAGAGGCAGCCUACAAUGCCAUCACCCUUCCUGAAGAGUUCCACGACUUUGACCAGCCACUUCCAGACCUGGAUGACAUCGACGUGGCCCAGCAGUUCACCCUGAACCAGAGCAGAGUAGAAGAAAUCACUAUGCGGGAGGAUGUUGGUAACCUCAGCCUCUUGCAGGACAAUGACUUUGCUGAUUUUGGCAUGGAUGAUCGUGAGAUGAUGCGCGAUCCCAGCACGUUUGAGGAAGACAUUAUGCAUGGGGCAACUGCCUCCAAUCUCCUAAUUGAGGCUGAGCCUGGCCCUGCCAAUCUCCCUGACAAGUCCAACCACAUGGAGUAUGACGACUUUGGGGACGGGCCCAUGGGCAACAGUGACGGCGGAAUGCUUGUCGACAAGCUCCUGAGUGCUGAAGACGGAGGCGGCAUUUUCGACGACCCGCCGGCCAUCACUGAAAGUGUCAUGAUGCCUCCUGAUCACGGUGAUGAUGAGGACGACUUCGACAACCUCCAGUCCCCUGGUCCCGACAGUCCUGACUCUGGUCCUGCUGAGCCACUCCCGGCUAUGGCUGACCAGACAGAGCAGACCACUCUGGUUCACAAUGAGGAGGAGGCUUUUGCUCUGGAGCCUAUUGACAUCACAGUGAAAGAGACCAAGGCGAAACGCAAGAGGAAGCUGAUCGUGGACAGCGUGAAGGAGCUGGACAGCAAGACCAUCAGGGCUCAGCUCUCUGACUACUCUGACAUUGUUACCACACUGGACUUGGCUCCUCCCACGAAGAAGCUCAUGAUGUGGAAGGAGACUGGAGGAGUUGAGAAGCUGUUCUCUCUCCCUGCUCAGCCACUGUGGAACGUUCGUCUCCUGAAGAUGUUCACACGCUGCCUGACACCUCUGGUGCCGGAUGAGCUGAGGAAGAGGAGGAAGGGUGGAGAGGCAGAUAGCUUGGACGAGUUCCUCAAAGAGCUGGAGAAUCCUGAGGUGCCCAGGGAGGACGUCAUGUCUCACAACCGGGAUGUGAUCGGCCAGACCAUCAUGGAGGAGCCCAGCAUCCUGGCAGCGUCAACCAUGGAAGGCAGCAGGACUACACUGGACGAGACAGUGAUGCCCCCUCCCUCAACACCACGGGGGGUCAAGCGCAAGACCAUCGACAAGGAGCCCGCACUCCCUAUGGCGCCCCUGGAGCCUCAGCAGCCGCAGGUGGCUGACCGCUCACUGCUGUCCCAGAGGUUAGACCUGCCACAGGUGGAUCUGCCUCCAGAGGAAGCCAGCGUCAACCUGAGCCAGCUGGUAUCUGACUUUGACCUGAUCGGAGAGAAGAGCAAAGAGAAGAAGGACGAGAGUGAUGAGGAGGAGGAGGAAGAGAGUCAAGCUGGUGACCAGGACCAGGAGGAGAAGAGGUGGAACAAGCGAACCCAGCAGAUGCUUCACGGCCUCCAGCGCGUCAUGGCUAAAACUGGUGCUGAAUCGGUCAGCCUCCUGGACCUGUGCCGGAACAACAACAAGAAGCAGGCAGCUGCUAAAUUCUACAGCUUCCUUGUCCUCAAGAAGCAGCAGGCCAUCGAGGUCUCCCAGAGAGAACCCUACAGCGACAUCAUCGCCACCGCCGGACCAAGAUUCCACCUCAUCUAGACAUUGGAAGAAAGACCUGCAACAGACAUGCAUUUUACUUUAAGAAAAUACUUUUGCCUUCUUAUCGUUUCUGUCAGCCCAGUUUUAGGACGGAGGCGAGGGUGUUGUGUCAAAACGGGUUUGAAUCUUUUCUGAUUUUAUAAGUGAUUUCACUGUACAACGGUCAUGGAAAUUGGUCCAAACUCAGAGCAAGAAUGUUAAACAAGGAUAUUUAUAAGGCAACACUUUUCAAGUCGACAGUUUAUAUGUUUGCAUCUGUUCAUAAAUCCCCAUCUGUUCAACCCCUUCGUGUCGCAGUACAUGGAGCGCUGCUGGUUCAAAUCCCUUUGUCUAAAAAUGCCGACUGUUCAGGUACUCCAGAUUCAGUUUCAUGCUUCAGAAGUGUAGCUGCCCUCCUCCCUUCGUUGCACUUGUUUUACCCGCUACAACUCGUCACUAGCUCACCAAGUUUUAAAAUGUUCAAGAUGUAAAGUUCGGACGUUCUCUCUCUUCUUAUUUUGUACCUGCAUUUAUGCUCCACGUUUGUAUUGGAUUAUGUAACUAGUUAACAUUCUUGUUACACUUAAGUUCAGUAUCCCACGUUUUUAGUCUUCUGGUAACUUCUAGUUGUGAUACAUCUGUAAAGAUUUGAAAUAAAGUGUUUUAAGUA